AGAUCUGGAUAACUGCGAUAGGGUAUUUGAUUUUGAAGACAGGAGAUUACUAUAAUAGAAAGAAAGGAAGAUGGUGAGAGCUCCCUUCUAUGAUAAAAAUGGGUUAAAGAAAGGUGAAUGGAGUCCCGAAGAAGAUGAUAAACUAAGGACUUCUGUCGAGAUAUAUGGCCAAAGGAAGUGGCGUCAACUUCCUAAAGUUGCUGGUCUUAAAAGGUGCGGAAAGAGUUGUAGGUUAAGAUGGAUGAAUUACUUACGGUCGGAAAUAAAACACGGUAACUUCACUGAAGAAGAAGAUGCACUGAUCAUCAAAUUACAUAAACAAUUUGGAAACUGUUGGUCCGCCAUGGCUAAAUGUUUACCUGGAAGAUCGGACAACGAAAUAAAAAAUCACUGGCACUCCGAUCUAAAGAAGCGUGAAAAGCGAAAUCCUACAACAUCUGAUGUCAAAGAUGACUCUAACUCUAGUUGUCCAAGUGAAGCCACCCAGAAUUCUGAAGGUGAAAUUGGAGUUGAAAGCAUCCUUGUUGAUACUCCGGCUAACAUGAUCUUGGAGAGUUCAACUUUGUCUCCAGCGACAUCUUCAACUACAGAGUUUUCCUCCUUUGUUGAAGAUACUUGUCUUCCUCCGGCGGAAACAUACCAAGCUCAAAGCAGUGGAGAUUUCUGGAAUAAUCCCUUUGUUGCAGACAAUAUCUUCAACCAGGAGGGUUAUCCAUCAUCCAUUGAACAUUAUGGAUUUGAGCUGCCAUUGCCUUUUGACGACGUGUAUUAUGAUGAUUUCCUCUAUGACAUGAUGCAAGUAUAGGGCAUAAAAUUGCUUUUCAAUUUUUUGCUGAUGCUCGCGCCUUGAGUGUAUUAG